UCGUUACAGAGAGCUACGGGCAGAGCGGCAUGGCAGCGUUCCGCGAGGAGGCGCUAGUGGGCGGCGUGUGCGUGGCGCGAGAGGAGGGGCUGCGCGCUGCGCCCGCGCCGGCUGAGGUAGAUGCAGUGCUGGAGAGACUGGCGCGCGGCCCGCGGGUCGCUGUGUGCUGGUGCGAGGGUCGGACAGCGCGCGCGCUGCUGGCGGGCAUGGCGCGGUCGCCGGUGCGGCGGCUGCGGCUGGUGGGCAGCGACGGCUGGGCCGACCGCGGGGAUGUGGUGGCCGGCCUCCAGGCACCGGCUGACGGCGCGCUCACGCUGCGCAUCCGCUCGCCCUAUCUUGCCGGCUUCGACACUCACUACCACAAUCUGCACCCCAGGAAUAACACCAGGAACCCCUGGUUCCAGGAAUUUUGGGAACAGAAAUUCAACUGUUCGCUAGCAGCGAACCCGCCCGUUGGAGUUCAAGCCUGUACUGGCACAGAGUCGCUAGCUCGUGGCUACUCACAGGAGCCGAAGCUAGCGCUGGUGGUGCGCGGCGUGUACGCACUCGCGCACGCGCUGCACGCCAUGCGCGCGGCGCGCUGCGGCGCCCGCCCCGGCCUGUGCGCCGCCAUGUUGCCCUUCAAUGUGUCGCUCUACCAGGCGUAUCUCCAACGAGUGCGCUUCACCGCACCCGACGGCGCACAGGUUGCCUUCGACGACAACGGCGACCCGCCGCCCGAGUUGAGUGAGUACGACGUGAUGAGCUUCGAACGCGCGCCGGGCAAGGGAGAGACGGGCGCGGCCGGGGACGAAGAGGGGGAGGUAUGGCAUUACGUGCGUGUGGGCCGCUGGCGGCGCGGCCAGCUGCACCUGCGCGGCGGCCGGCAUGCGCCCGAGAGGCGUGCAGCGGGCACGGAAGCGGUGUGCUCGGCGCCGUGCGCGCCGGGGCACUGGGCGCGCGCGGCGGGCGGGACGGAGGCGGGAGGGACGGCGCGGCGGGCGCCGUGCUGCUGGACGUGCGUGCCGUGCGCGCCGCUCGCUGUCACGCGCGCGCCGCCGCACGCCGGCUGCCGGCUCUGCCCGCCUGGACACAGACCCGAUGUGCACAGGAAAUGGUCCUAA